CGUAAAGACAAAACAAAGCCACACAUUUCAACGAACAGGCGCUGGUCGCUUUUUUAUUUUUAUUUUUUGUAAUCAAACAAAUUUCAUUCAUUAUUCAUAACGAUUACCGGCAAUAUCAAUAAAAGGCUUGCAUCAUGCCGAGUAGUACGUCUUUGCUGGAGGCCGAUGAGGGAGAGUCCGAGGUCCCACCGCCGCUCCUGCACGCUUUCGCCGGUAUGGGCCUUGACGAGCAGCACGGCGCUCAUAGCCAGACGCCCGAACUAGCUGACGAGAGCAUCCCCUUUCACCACCUCCCGCUCUCCUCGGUCUCCCAUUUCAGCCUCCUCGGUACGGUCCUCGACUUGAAGCCCUUACCACUGCCUCGUCCGCCCUCGGGAGACGAAAUUAACAAAACGGCAGCGGCUGAGGACGAGGGGGAGCCAUUAGUUGCAACCGAUUCCUCGUUGCUAACGCAGGCCCACCACCGCAACCAACACCUCCUUUCUGGGCCGGCUAGCUCCGGGAUGGAGCACAUCGAGACUGUUUUGCUGUACAACGGAGACGAGCGGGACGAUCCUGCGGCCGGCGGCGCUCUCCCGCCGGCUAACAGCAUGACGAUGCUACCGUCCGGCGGGUUCGGGGAGCCGGAUUACGGAGAGGCCGAGACAUCACUGUUGAACCGGCGUAAGAGCGUAAACACGACCGAGUGUGUGGCCGUGCCGAGCUCGGAGCACGUCGCGGAGAUCGUUGGCAGGCAGGGCUGUAAGAUCAAGGCACUUCGAGCCAAGACCAACACCUACAUUAAGACACCAGUGAGGGGGGAACAGCCAGUCUUUGUUGUGACGGGGCGUAAAGAAGAUGUGGCCAUGGCUAAAAGGGAGAUCAUGUCUGCGGCUGAGCACUUUUCCCUUAUCAGAGCCUCUCGGAACAGGACGGGCCCUCUUACUGCAGGAGCCAGCCUCGGGACUCCGGCUUUACCUGGACGGACUACCAUUCAGGUGCGGGUACCAUAUCGUGUUGUUGGGUUGGUUGUGGGUCCUAAAGGAGCAACCAUAAAACGCAUUCAGCAGCAGACCCACACCUACAUUGUGACACCGAGCCGGGACAAAGAGCCAGUGUUCGAGGUUACGGGCAUGCCGGAAAAUGUGGACCGGGCGAGGGAGGAGAUAGAGGCCCAUAUCGCCCUCCGCACCGGAACCUGCGGGGGCAUCGAGGCUCCAGGUGUAGACAACAAUGACUUUCAGUUCAACGGGACAGAUGUCAGCUUCGAGACAUCGGCUGGUUUGGGAGAGGCCGGAUGGCUUCAGGCAGGUGCAUCAUCACCAGGCGGCGGUGGCUUGCUGCCACUAAACAUCAGCGGUACUCAGCGAGUCAAUAGCAAUAUCAACAAUGGCACCAGGAUGUCUUCCAACUACCGCAACGACAGCUCCAGCUCCCUGGGCAGCGGCACCAGUUCAGCCGAUUCUUUUUAUAGCAGCGGGAACGUCAACCGACUGGCAGACGUCAGCCCGACCGGCCCGUUUAAUGCCAACGCUAACAACAACAGCAAUGGCGGCAGUGCAAGUUUCUGGUUUGGCGAGGGCCUUCUUCCCGUGGGGUCUGAGGAGCUGGUUGGGCUGGGAGGUGGAGGCUCCUCCUCAGGAUUUGACCCAUUAACCAUUUCCACUGCCCAUUCGUCACAUCCUACUGCACAGCCACACAUCUGGAGCCCCUUUGUGGACCACCAGCCCCUCCAGGCCUUUGAUGCUCUUCAGUCUCAGACAAGCCAGCCUGGGACACCCCGGCUCUCGCCAACCUUCUCUGGGACCGACGCCUUGGAGCAUCCUCAGGCCCAGCGCGUUCACCGGGGACCGUUUGGCUCGGCCGGGGCUCUCGACGCCCACAGGUUCCCCUCUUACAGCUCAGCCUUCUCCUCCUCAAGUGAAAGCACCGCCUCCUCUUCCUCCCCUCCCGAAUCCUCGCUCGCCUAUCGACUGGGGCUCGGAUCAACAGGGAGGGGACAGGAUUUGUGCGUCCAGUGUAUGAAUAACCAGGCGAUCGCCGCCUUGGUUCCUUGCGGCCAUAACCUCUUCUGUCUAAAUUGUGCCACCCAGAUAUGCCAGGGUCCAGAUGCUGUGUGCCCUGAGUGUCUGUCCCCAGCCACCCAGGCCAUUCAGCUUCGCAAUAUGUGAUUUUCUUCUUCUUCUCUUUUUUUCCCCCUUAAUUUCCUUUAUAACUGAUUAGAGAUCAGCCUGCCCAACACCUAUGGUUCAUGACGUGUGUGUGUGUAGGGGAGGGAAAUACAAAACUGACCCCAGGUCAGUGUCUAAGUGUAAUUCUCAUCUGGCUUCCUUUAAGCUGGUGAAGCAGAGUAGGUGAAUAAGGAAUGAUGUUGAUUUAGGGCCGAGGUUAGGGUGCUGAGCCCGUUCACGUGCCUGGUAUUGUGAAGUCUUCUUCCUUGAUUGAUCAACGAGAGGGUUCGAAACCCUCUAUGUAGCAUUGGGGGGAGGGUGGGGUUGGGAUAGAUAUAUUUUUUGAUUCAUAUUUUCUUUUUUGUCCUUAAAAUCUUUAGUUAUUGUUAUUUUUUGUAUCUACCUAUAAUUUUAUUUGUUUUAAAUUGAGUUUGAAUUCUAUUGGCCUUUUUUGUCUACAUCUCAAAAGGUUUUUUUUUUUUUUUAAUACAUUGAAUUAUGGCCAAGACCCUUUGCCUUUAUUUUAAGUAAAAAAAAAAAGUAGAGGCAAAUGAGUUUCCAUGAGUUCCACAUGUGACUGUAUAACUACACUAUUAAGGAAAAAUAGUGUUCUUCUUGUUACUUAAAAACAAACAAACAAAAAACCAAGUUAAUGCAGUAAAUCUGAUACAGCGUAGGUCGUCUUUUCAGAAUUCAUGUUUCCCAGAUGAUUGGUGCAAAUAUCAUCAGGCUACCGGCGCACACCUGCGCGUCUUUAAAAAGGAUGUUUACAUUCAGUAGGACUUGAAUGAGAAGUUUUGAGUACUGCUAAUAUAAUAACAGUGUAACACACACGGACACACACCCGCGGCGUGUUUUUACUUUAUUAACUACAAUUUGAAAGUUGUCGCACUCCAACGGCAAUCUCUCAUUGCCUCAUGUCUUUAUUCUUUUCCCAGAAUAACACCGACAAGUGAGUAACUUUUUUUUAUUACUUUUGGGGUCGAGAUACCGCUUCAGUAUCGCCACGUUGCUUUCCACUUAUACUUACGAACUGUUUACGGUAAACUUGUGCCUAAUUCCACUCUGAGUGUAAACAGAAGUAAACCGGUUCAGCGGACACAUGGCGUUGCUCUGUCUUUAAACAAACUUGUGGCCUUUUUUUGGGAAGCCUGUAGUUAAUUCACAACACUAUCUUCAGAUCCAGAUUUUCGGGCUCAAAAGAACACAAGCUGACAGACCGAAGUCUUAAUAUAUUUGUCGAGGUUCAGUCUCCCGAGACGCUCCUCGCUGGAACAAAUCUUGUCUCACGAGGACGCUUUCUUUCGCUUCCUAUUUUCCCAAGCUGAUAUCGAGCGUUGCUUUCAUCUUUUUUGGCACCAAACUUUCUUAUUUUGUCCAUUUCUGUUGUCGCAUUUCCCCACCCCCACCUCAGUUUAUUUACUUCUAAUUUAUAUGUUCGUUACGACCUCUUAUGGAAACAAAGUACUGUUUUUCAGCCAAAAACAGAUAUGCACAGCUUGUACCUUUGGAAACAUUCCUCCUCCCUGUUGUUAAAGUAUUUACUCUUACUUAAAUCUCACCUGGGAGCAAAAAAGAGAUUUUUCUGAAACUAUGAAGACAGCUGUGAUCUGGAACAAAUCCCUGUACUGUACAGGCAGGCUACUGAUUCUUUUCUUUUUUCUUUUUGUAGACAUCUCAGUAAUAUCCUUCUCUUUCACUUGAAUGUCGACUCGUUUGGACGGCUCCACCCCGUGGCUGUCUCUUCACAGCUUUUCGGUAGGAAGUCAGGAAAAUGAUUCCAAUGGGAUGCAAAACUGAGAUGAAGGCCGCUCGUUGCUUCACUUUUGUAAUCCCACGUCUCUUCUGCCAGGCCUAUGCAAAAUUCAUCUCAGCACGAAGCACUAGAUAAGUGAAGCUUCUCGGGUUUCAAACAAACAAACUUUGGGGUUAAACUUGUAGACAGAAAUAAUCCGUCUGUUUAUUUUAGUUUUUUAUUCCUAUUACAUUUCAGUUCUUUCUUUAAUGAGAUGUUUUAACGGUACACACUUCACCUUUAACCAGCUCAGUUGCUGUUGUCCUGUGCACUACUAAGCACAGAGCUUCCCCAUUAUCAUAUCACACUAUUGACUGGCCGGGACAGGCAUGUUAUUGACUUUCCUCUCACCUUCUCCAUCUAUAUAUAUUUUUUAAAUAUAUAUAUAUAUAUAUAUAUAUAUACAUAUAUAAUUCUGAAACGUAAAGAUAUGGUACAAAAAGGAUGAGAAUCAUCUCAAAUCUUAGCUUUAAAUAUCUGUGUUUUUAGACUAGUACAGGACUGAAUGAGCUCACGGACACUUUUAAAAGGGGGAAGCACUGGAACGAGUUUAGCUCGGACUGCGCUCGCACUACAUUAGGUCAAUGCUGUCUCUCUGGUGUGUGGACACUGGAUUGCAGUCCCUCUAGCAUUCCAGCUGUAACCAGUAUUUUGGGAGUUUUUACACAGCUUUGCUCCGUUUCUUUUUAAUAUCCAUCAUCUUGGCCAUGGAUCAUUGAGCUUUCAUAACAAAAUGCAACCAAACAAGUCCCGCUUCUGCCCCCCUCUUUGGGUCAUCCAUCCGUCCCGUUGUUUUCUCAGCUCUACGAUGAGCCGAUCUCCUUUUAGUCUUUCUCUCUCUGAGGGAAUGCAAUACACUGUCGGCCCUCAGUUUAUCGAUAUGAAUCUAUUUACAUUUUUGUGUAUGUAUUAUAUGAUAUUAUUGUUAAUGACUGAUAAAUAUACAGAACUUAUUUUUAUUUUGUUACAUUUCAUAUAUACAUAAAUAUAUAUAUAUAUCUUUAAAAUGUUUACAAUAAGAUUUUUGUAAAAAAUUUUCUUUUUUUUCUUUAAUUUUCUGAGUGAUUAGGUGAAUGAAGAGUUGGAAACACAGACAUGUUUCCACGCAGGAGAGUGUCAGUGCUGUCUGCUUGUAGUCUAGGUAUUAGUUUACAGUAUUGAUCAUAAUAGUAUUGAUAGCUGCCGUUUAAACCUAGUGGAAAAUGGAAUGUGCAUCACGAGCAUGUCUUCAUAAUUUACCGCCAAUGUAAAGCAUCACACUGCAACUGUAAAAAGGCCAAGGAUCCAAGCUGCCUGUCAUGUCUGUACACCACCAAAUUAAGAACGGUAUACUAUUAAAAUGUAUCUUAGAUUAUCUCUAUAUAAAUACAUAUAUUGUUAAGCUGUACCAACAGUUCAAAGUAUUUGCUAAUUUUACUACUUUUGUUAUGUAUAUGUAGGGGGAGUCUUAUGGCAUAUAAAUUCUUUCAAAUUGAGUCAGGAGUUUAAAAGCAGACUAUAUUUUAUAACGGCCUUUUAAGUUAUUGUGGCCAAAGCACUGAUAUUAUAUAUUUGCUGUAAAGAGAAUUUAAGAGUUUUAUUUUUCUGAUAUUAAAGUUACUUAAUAAAGACGGUUUCAUUUUAAGC